CCUUUGAAAACUGUCUGAGAAAAUGCUCUUCCUGGUAGCUGAUUUUUUUCUUCAAGCCAUUUCUUCUUUUGAAGACAAUGCCAACCGCCCCCCCCCCCAAUUAUGCAAUAGGUUUUAAGGAAUGCUUUGAAAUGAAGUAGUUUGAUUUCUUUUGUCUCGUGAGGACGUCUAGCAUAGUACCCAUGGCAGAAGGCAACAGAGUUGUAUUUUAUCAAUGAGGAAGAAGUUCAGGAAUUUACAGAUUUUUCUCAAACCAUCAUGGUGGGCCUUGCGGAUUCAGGGCCUGGAGCAGUUCCAUGCUGUUUAUUAGUUCACCCCUGUGCCUACUUAUCCCUGGAAUUGCCUGCUAACAUCUCCAAGCCAAGUGCAGCAGCACUGGCAGAUGAAUUUAAGAGGGUGUGGAUUAACUGAGAAACCCCAGUGCCCGCUUUCUCUGGUUUUAAGCACUGUAUGUCAUCCUAGAGUGAGUCUGAAUUGUGAAUAGUAAAGGAACUGUGACCUGCCAUUUCUGAAAUGCCUUGUUCCCAGUGUGUUUAUCCAGUCCUGAGAGUGGGCUGGCUUGCAGGAUGCUGCUUGGGAUGUUGGCAGCUGAAAUUCUGGCUCUCUGCAGAAAAUGUCAUUCCUUUAUUAGACAGGUAUCUCAGCUCAAAGCCAAGCCAAGAUGUUUAAGUGACAAAGGUUGUUCCUGCUGGAAAAUGGGCGUCCCUCUGUCCCUGUGCUCCGUGGUGAUCUCUCUGUCGAUGUUGGUGGGUGCUUCAUGCAGAGGCUUAAACUAAAUCUGUAAAUAUAUGUGUUUUACAUGUCUGUGUGUGCUGCACACACAGAGGGUUUUCAGCAUGGUCCUUCAAUUGCAGGGCUGAUUUCACCGGUGGAUUACAUUCAAGGUCAUUAACAGUGAACUCUGCUGCAUUAAGGUCUCCAGGAAAAUUCCGAACUUUUGGGAGUAAGAAAAUUUCCCAUGACUCCCUGGGCAGUUGCUGGUGUUGUUCAUGUCAGAUCGGACACCUUUAAUGUAGACACAAGAUGUGCUGCUGUAGCUCAUCCCAGCUCCUGGACCUCCAUCCCUGCAGUCAGGAGCCUGCAGGUUUCUGCCACGACUCGUGUUUAUCUUCCCUCCCUGUUCCCAGAGGCACCAGUGGGUUGUGCUGGAUCAGAGCUGCAGCAGGACUCAAGAAAAGCUGUUUUUUAGCAGAGGCUGAGGGCGGUGGCUUCACUCUGUAGCUGGGUCUGUCUUUGGAAUCAGGAUUCCAUUGUGCUCUCCUCACCUUGCUUUGCUGCAAGGUGCUUAUUUUUAUCCCUGCAGCUUUUUCCUGCUCCACUGUCCCUGUGAUGGAGAGCUGCAUCCCAGAAAAGGGAGCCUGAUGUCAGGGAGUGAGGCGCUGCUUUUAUUAGAAUCAGAACAAGGGAUGCAGGUUUUCUAGUCCUAUAGGUGUGGGAUAACAGGCCAUUUCAUGCUCAAUUUAGAUUUAUUUGGGAUAGAUUUUGCUUAUGUGAUGCUCAGGAUGCUAGAAGUGAAAAAGCACAAGUUACAGUUGAAUUUAUUCUGGAUCAGGUUGCGUGUGUUUCUAAACAGCAGUGACACAGAAAUAAAUUAAAUCCCAUGGCUUGUUCCAUCCAUAUUAAAUUACAUGUCACUGCAUCCUGAUUUUGGGUUCACUGAUUUUUAUGGUUAGAGCUGCAGCUUUUCCAGUGGCACAUCUUCUCUUACUUGAGCACUGGUGAAUAUAGAAAAGAUGGAAAAUAAUGCUGUCGACCAGCCUGUUCCCACUUGUUGUUUAUACCCUGGCUGCUCCGUGGAUUUAAUUGGAAUUAACCCUCAUUGCAGCCUGUGUACAGGGAUCAAUGGGAGGUUUUUGUCUAGGCCUGAUUCUCAGUGAGGAUCAGCUGGUGAGUGCUGUGCAGAAGCGCGGCUAGUGGGAUUUAAUCCUUCCCCCCGUCUUUGCUCCAUGCUUUUGUUUGUUCCUAGCGGCAGGCUCCGGCCGGAGCGGCUGAUCCAUCCCCAGCUCCUGCGGGAUGCGCCGCGGGAGCAUCGUCCCCGUGACCUUCCCCAGAGCCAGUUCUGCUCUCGUUCCCUCGCUCUGUUAGCAGCUUCCCACGACUAAAGCGAUUCCCUUCCCACCUUUCCUGAAGAUUGAGCACUCGCGCUCAGCCUUCGGUAACAGCUCCUUAUGUAACAGCCGCCCCAGCGCGGCUCCGUUCUGCGCGGAGACACUGGGAUUUAUCCGCGCGGAAGCACGGGACGGACCUGCCGUGGGCUGGGGACGGGGGCCAACCAGCCGGCUCUGAUAUCCCAGGCCCGGACGGGGAAUUAACGCCGCUGAGGGUUUUAGGAAGAAUCUGAUGGUGAGGAGAGGCUAAGGAGAAGACUCAGGAUGACGACAACAGUAGCGACAGAUUAUGACAACAUUGAAAUCCAACAGCAGUACAGCGAUGUCAACAACCGCUGGGAUGUCGAUGACUGGGACAAUGAGAACAGUUCUGCUCGGCUGUUUGAGCGCUCCCGCAUCAAAGCCCUGGCUGAUGAACGUGAGGCAGUUCAGAAGAAGACCUUCACAAAGUGGGUGAAUUCCCACUUGGCUCGUGUGUCCUGCCGAAUUACAGACCUGUACACUGACCUUCGAGAUGGGAGGAUGCUCAUCAAACUCCUGGAAGUGCUUUCAGGAGAGAGACUUCCUAAACCAACUAAAGGAAGGAUGCGCAUCCAUUGCCUGGAGAAUGUGGAUAAAGCCCUCCAGUUCCUGAAAGAGCAACGAGUGCACCUAGAAAACAUGGGAUCUCAUGAUAUUGUGGAUGGGAAUCACAGGCUGACACUUGGCCUUAUUUGGACCAUUAUCUUGAGAUUCCAGAUCCAAGAUAUCAGCGUUGAAACUGAGGACAACAAAGAGAAGAAAUCUGCUAAAGAUGCUUUGCUUUUGUGGUGCCAGAUGAAAACAGCUGGGUACCCCAACGUCAAUAUCCACAACUUUACGACAAGCUGGAGGGAUGGGAUGGCGUUCAAUGCACUGAUCCAUAAGCACAGGCCUGAUCUGAUUGAUUUUGACAAGCUGAAGAAAUCAAACGCACACUACAAUCUGCAGAAUGCUUUUAACCUUGCAGAGCAGCACCUUGGUCUUACCAAGCUCCUGGACCCUGAGGAUAUCAGUGUUGAUCACCCUGAUGAAAAGUCAAUCAUCACCUAUGUGGUGACAUAUUACCACUACUUCUCCAAGAUGAAAGCUUUGGCUGUCGAAGGAAAACGUAUUGGAAAGGUGCUUGACAAUGCCAUUGAAACAGAGAAAAUGAUAGAAAAAUAUGAGUCCCUGGCUUCUGACCUGCUGGAGUGGAUUGAGCAAACCAUUAUCAUCCUCAACAAUCGCAAAUUCGCCAACUCCCUGGUUGGGGUGCAGCAGCAGCUGCAGGCAUUCAACACCUAUCGCACAGUGGAGAAACCACCCAAGUUUACAGAAAAAGGAAACCUGGAAGUGCUGCUUUUUACCAUCCAAAGCAAAAUGAGAGCCAACAAUCAGAAAGUGUACAUGCCAAGGGAGGGCAAACUCAUCUCUGACAUUAACAAGGCCUGGGAAAGACUGGAAAAAGCUGAACACGAAAGAGAACUGGCACUGCGAAAUGAGCUCAUCAGACAAGAGAAACUGGAACAACUUGCACGGAGAUUCGAUCGCAAGGCAGCUAUGAGAGAAACUUGGCUGAGUGAAAAUCAACGUCUUGUUUCUCAGGACAAUUUUGGCUUUGACCUCCCAGCAGUGGAGGCUGCCACGAAGAAGCACGAGGCCAUCGAGACGGACAUCGCAGCGUAUGAGGAGCGGGUUCAGGCCGUGGUGGCGGUGGCGAAGGAGCUUGAGACUGAAAACUACCACGACAUCAAACGCAUCACUGCAAGGAAGGACAAUGUUAUCCGCCUGUGGGAGUAUCUCCUGGAGCUGCUCCGGGCACGGAGACAGCGGCUGGAGAUGAACCUUGGGCUGCAGAAAAUUUUCCAGGAAAUGCUGUACAUUAUGGACUGGAUGGACGAGAUGAAGGUACUUUUGCUGUCCCAAGACUACGGCAAACAUUUGUUGGGAGUUGAAGACCUGCUGCAGAAACAUGCUCUGGUGGAAGCUGACAUUGCUAUUCAGGCUGAGAGAGUGAGAGGGGUCAAUGCCUCUGCUCAGAAGUUUGCCACUGAUGGAGAAGGUUACAAGCCCUGUGACCCGCAGGUGAUCAGGGACCGCGUGGCUCACAUGGAGUUCUGCUACCAGGAGCUCUGCCAGCUCGCAGCUGAGCGCCGUGCACGCCUCGAGGAGUCCCGGCGCCUCUGGAAAUUCUUCUGGGAAAUGGCUGAAGAGGAGGGCUGGAUCAGGGAGAAGGAGCAGAUCCUGUCAUCUGAUGACUAUGGGAAGGACCUAACCAGUGUUGUCCGACUCUUGAGUAAACACAAGGCGUUUGAGGAUGAGAUGAGUGGCCGCAGCGGCCACUUUCAGCAGGCGAUAAAAGAAGGUGAAGACAUGAUUGCGGAAGAGCAUUUUGGGUCUGAGAAGAUCAGAGAAAGAAUUAAGGAUAUCCGGGACCAGUGGGCUAACCUGGAGCAGUUAUCUGCCAUUAGGAAGAAGCGGCUAGAGGAAGCCUCUCUCCUUCACCAGUUCCAGGCUGAUGCUGAUGACAUUGAUGCAUGGAUGUUGGACAUCCUCAAGAUUGUCUCCAGUAAUGAUGUUGGCCAUGAUGAAUAUUCCACGCAGUCCUUGGUCAAGAAGCACAAAGAUGUGGCUGAAGAGAUUGCGAGCUACCGGCCGACCAUCGACUCUCUUCAUGAGCAGGCCAAGGCUCUGCCACAGGAGCAUGCGGAGUCUCCAGAUGUGCAAGGCAGGUUGUCUGGAAUCGAGGAGAGAUACAAAGAGGUUGCUGAGCUGACCCGGCUGCGUAAACAGGCCCUGCAGGAUACCCUCGCUCUCUAUAAGAUGUUCAGUGAGGCAGAUGCUUGCGAGCUUUGGAUCGAUGAAAAGGAGAAGUGGCUGAAUAAUAUGCAGAUUCCAGAGAAGCUGGAGGACCUAGAAGUGAUCCAGCACAGGUUUGAAAGCUUGGAGCCAGAAAUGAACAACCAGGCAUCCCGUGUGGCCGUGGUGAACCAGAUUGCCAGGCAGCUGAUGCAUAGUGGCCACCCCGGGGAGAAGAUCAAAGCACAGCAAGAUAAACUCAACACAAGGUGGAGCCAGUUCAGAGAACUGGUAGAUAGGAAGAAGGAUGCUCUGCUCUCUGCUCUGAGUAUCCAGAACUACCAUCUUGAAUGUAAUGAAACCAAAUCCUGGAUCAGGGAAAAGACUAAAGUGAUUGAAUCCACACAAGACCUGGGUAACGACCUGGCUGGAGUGAUGGCCUUGCAGAGGAAGCUGACGGGCAUGGAACGGGACCUGGUGGCCAUCGAAGCCAAGCUCAGUGACCUGCAAAAGGAGGCAGAGAAACUAGAAUCGGAGCAUCCUGACCAGGCGCAAGCAAUUCUUUCACGGCUUGCAGAGAUCAGUGAUGUGUGGGAAGAAAUGAAGACCACGCUGAAGAACCGGGAAGAGUCCCUGGGAGAGGCCAGCAAGCUGCAGCAGUUCCUGAGAGAUCUGGAUGACUUCCAGUCCUGGCUCUCCAGAACACAGACUGCAAUUGCCUCCGAAGAUAUGCCCAACACCCUGACAGAGGCUGAGAAGCUACUCACUCAGCAUGAGAAUAUCAAGAAUGAAAUCAACAACUACGAGGAAGAUUAUCAGAAGAUGAGGGACAUGGGAGAGAUGGUGACACAAGGGCAAACUGAUGCUCAGUACAUGUUCCUACGCCAGCGCCUACAGGCUUUGGACACCGGAUGGAAUGAGCUUCACAAAAUGUGGGAGAACAGGCAAAAUCUCCUUUCCCAGUCUCAUGCCUACCAGCUGUUUCUCAGAGAUACCAAGCAGGCAGAAGCUUUCCUUAAUAACCAGGAGUAUGUUCUGGCACACACGGAGAUGCCAACCACCUUGGAAGGAGCAGAAGCUGCUAUUAAAAAGCAGGAGGAUUUCAUGACAACCAUGGAUGCCAAUGAAGAAAAGAUCAAUGCAGUUGUGGAGACGGGCAGGAGGCUCGUUAGUGAUGGGAACAUUAACUCUGAUAAAAUCCAGGAGAAAGUGGACUCUAUUGAUGACAGACAUAGGAAGAACCGUGAAGCAGCCAGUGAACUUUUGAUGAGACUGAAAGAUAACAGGGAUCUCCAAAAGUUUCUCCAGGAUUGCCAAGAGCUCUCCCUCUGGAUCAAUGAGAAGAUGCUCACAGCCCAGGAUAUGUCCUAUGAUGAGGCGAGGAACCUGCACAGCAAAUGGCUGAAGCAUCAGGCAUUCAUGGCAGAGCUUGCAUCCAACAAAGAGUGGCUGGAGAAGAUUGAAAAGGAGGGAAUGCAGCUCAUUGCAGAGAAACCAGAGACUGAGGCCGUGGUGAAGGAGAAGCUGACAGGUCUCCACCAAAUGUGGGAUGAGCUUGAAUCCACCACCCAGACCAAGGCUCAGCGUCUCUUUGAUGCAAACAAGGCAGAGCUUUUUACCCAGAGCUGUGCAGACCUGGAUAAGUGGCUGAAUGGUUUGGAGAGUCAGAUCCAGUCAGAUGACUACGGAAAAGAUCUCACCAGUGUCAACAUCCUGUUGAAGAAGCAGCAGAUGCUGGAGAAUCAAAUGGAUGUCCGUAAGAAGGAGAUAGAGGAACUGCAAAGCCAGGCAAGGGCUUUGAGCCAAGAGGGCAAGAGCACAGAUGAAGUUGAUGGCAAACGCCUUACUGUAGAAAAGAAAUUCUUGGAGCUGUUGGAGCCUUUGAAUGAGAGAAAGGCCAACCUGCUGGCCUCCAAAGAGAUCCACCAGUUCAACCGGGAUGUGGAAGAUGAAAUUUUGUGGGUCGGAGAGAGGAUGCCCAUAGCUACAUCUACUGAUCAUGGACACAACCUCCAGACUGUGCAGCUACUAAUAAAGAAAAAUCAGACCCUUCAGAAAGAAAUCCAGGGUCACCAGCCUCGUAUCGAUGACAUUUUUGAGAGGAGUCAGAACAUUAUCACAGAGAGUAGCCCCAAUGCUGAAGUCAUUCAGCAGAGACUUGCAGACUUGAAGCAGCUGUGGAACCUCCUCAUCGAGGAGACAGAGAAGCGCCACAAGCGUCUGGAGGAGUCUCACAGGGCUCAGCAGUAUUACUUUGAUGCAGCCGAGGCUGAGGCCUGGAUGAGUGAGCAGGAGCUCUACAUGAUGUCAGAAGAGAAAGCCAAGGAUGAACAGAGUGCAGUGUCCAUGCUGAAGAAACACCAGAUUUUGGAACAAGCUGUAGAAGAUUAUGCUGAAACUGUGCACCAGCUUUCAAAGACCAGCAGAACUUUGGUGGCAGAUAAUCACCCAGAAAGCGAGCGUAUCAGCAUGCGCCAGUCCAAGGUGGACAAGCUCUAUGCGGGCCUGAAGGACCUUGCUGAAGAGAGGAGGGGCAAACUGGACGAGAGGCACCGGCUGUUCCAGCUCAACCGCGAGGUGGAUGACCUGGAGCAGUGGAUUGCCGAGAGGGAGGUGGUGGCAGGGUCCCAUGAGCUGGGCCAGGACUACGAACAUGUCACGAUGCUGCAGGAGCGGUUCCGGGAAUUCGCCCGGGACACCGGGAACAUCGGGCAGGAGCGGGUGGAUACUGUCAACCACAUGGCUGAUGAACUCAUCAACUCCGGCCACUCAGACGCUGCCACGAUCGCUGAGUGGAAGGAUGGACUCAAUGAGGCCUGGGCGGAUCUCCUGGAGCUCAUUGACACAAGAACACAAAUCCUUGCAGCCUCUUAUGAACUGCACAAAUUUUACCAUGAUGCCAAGGAGAUCUUAGGACGUAUCCAAGACAAACAUAAGAAACUGCCUGAGGAGCUUGGUAGAGACCAAAACACAGUGGAAACACUACAGAGAAUGCACACGACAUUUGAGCAUGAUAUCCAGGCCCUGGGCACCCAGGUUCGACAGCUGCAGGAGGAUGCAGCGCGCCUCCAGGCUGCCUACGCUGGGGACAAGGCCGAUGACAUCCAGAAGAGGGAAAAUGAGGUCCUAGAGGCAUGGAAGGCACUGCUGGAUGCCUGUGAGGGCCGCAGGGUGAGGCUGGUGGAUACAGGAGACAAAUUCCGCUUCUUCAGCAUGGUUCGGGAUCUCAUGCUCUGGAUGGAAGACGUUAUCCGGCAGAUAGAAGCCCAGGAAAAGCCAAGGGAUGUUUCAUCUGUGGAACUCCUCAUGAACAAUCACCAGGGGAUCAAAGCAGAAAUUGAUGCCCGAAAUGACAGCUUCACUACGUGCAUUGAGCUUGGCAAGUCUCUGCUGGCCAGGAAACACUAUGCAUCUGAGGAGAUCAAGGAAAAGCUCCUGCAGCUGACAGAAAAGAGAAAAGAAAUGAUUGACAAAUGGGAAGACAGAUGGGAGUGGCUGAGACUGAUUUUGGAGGUGCACCAGUUCUCCAGAGAUGCAAGCGUGGCUGAGGCCUGGCUGCUGGGACAGGAGCCCUACCUGUCCAGUCGUGAAAUAGGGCAGAGCGUUGAUGAGGUGGAGAAAUUAAUCAAGCGGCACGAAGCCUUUGAGAAAUCUGCAGCUACCUGGGACGAGAGGUUUGCAGCGCUGGAGAGACUGACCACGCUGGAACUGCUGGAGGUGCGUCGGCAGCAAGAGGAGGAGGAGCGGAAGAGGCAGCCGCCCACUCCGGAGCCCAAGGUUGCAGAGGAUGGAGACUCCAAGAAGCAAUGGGAUGGGACAAAAGGAGAACAAGUUUCCCAAAAUGGUCUGCCCUCAGACCAGGAAUCUCCACGGGUGGCAGAAACUGCAGAAACCAAUGAAAUGGUCAAUGGAGCUGCAGAACAGAGGAUGAGUUCCAAAGAGUCCAGUCCCAUUCCUUCCCCGACAUCAGACCGCAAAGCCAAGAGCGGCGUUCAGGCCCAGACUGCUGCUACCCUCCCAGCCAAAACGCAGGAGAUCCCCUCAGCCCAGAUGGAGGGCUUCUUACACCGCAAGCAUGAGUGGGAGACACACAGCAAGAAAGCCUCCAGCAGGUCAUGGCAUAAUGUGUACUGUGUCAUAAACAACCAAGAGAUGGGCUUCUACAAGGACUCAAAAGCUGCUGCUUCUGGCAUCCCUUACCACAACGAGAUCCCUGUCAGUUUGAAGGAUGCAGUCUGUGAAGUAGCAGUCGAUUACAAAAAGAAGAAGCAUGUGUUCAAGCUCAGAUUGACCGAUGGCAAUGAAUACCUCUUCCAAGCCAAAGACGAUGAGGAGAUGAACACGUGGAUUCAGGCCAUCACAUCAGCGAUCUCUUCAGACAAAAUCGAAGUGUCCCCGACCACCCAGAGCACUCCAGCCUCCAGCCGUGCCCAGACCCUGCCUGCCAGUGUCACAAUAACCAGCGAGUCCAGCCCUGGCAAGCGGGAGAAAGACAAAGAGAAAGACAAAGAGAAAAGAUUCAGCCUUUUUGGUAAAAAGAAGUGAAUUCCAUCUCCACACACUGCACUUCUCUGACCGUUCCAGUGGAAUUCCAGCAUGCGAGCUCAGAACCAAUACGUUACUCUCUGUGCCUCAUGUUCCUCAAUGUGAUUGAAAUUUUUUUAUUUAUAGAGCGUUUUAAAAUAAAAAAAGCCAACAAAAAAAAAUAAUUUAAAGUUACAAAUGUAUGAGGUGCAUUGGGCAGCUUCUGUAGGAGAGGGAGGACCAGGUUUUGGGGGUUUGUUUUUGUUUGGUUUUUUUUUUCUUCUUCUUUUUUUUUUUUUUUUAAUGAAGUUAAUGUAGAUUAGAUCUUAAUAUUUAAACUGUUCCUCAAUUUUGUGAGGCUGUCUUGGAAAAUAACCCACUCCUAGUGCUAUUGGUAUGCAAGGCAGCGGUGCUUUCGAAUCUGCUGUGCACAUGAGAAACCAAUGUACAAAUUCUCAAAGGCAUUCACUUCCAGUUAAGGUUGUUAUGCGAGUCCUGACUAGUAGAGCCUUCCCCUGCGAUUCUAACAGGAAUUAAAAUGGUAGUGUGUUCUCUUUGCUGUAACAGAGUGCAGGUAUGCAUUGACUCACAGCCCCAACGUUUAACACCACCUUAAGCAUCCCCACAUCGAGUACGACAGAUAAGAAUGUUGGUGUUCGAGAUGGAUUAACAGGCUGGUACAGUUUUAAAUAAGCUGUAAUUUCAAAUUUAUUUCUCUUUUUUUUUUUUUUUUUCUGAAAUACAUUAUAUUGUAUGUUUCAGAUAAUUCUAGUACAAAGUAUAAUAAGACUAGAUGUAUAAUAAACCCUUUAAAAUCAUCAAUAAGUGUAAAAGUGGAACUGAAGCAUUUACUGGAAAAGUAAUGUUACUCAAAUGGUUACUUGCUUGUCAGCUGCAGCACUGUGUGUUAUAAUUUUGCUACAUUACCUUGCUCUUUGAUACAUAGUGUGCAUUUCUGUCACUGUAACUAUUGUAAUGAAAAAUUUUCAUCUUACUGCACAAUCAAAAAUUACAUUUAAUAGGAAUGAACUUUCAAUGACUGGGCCUGUAGUCAAGAGUAGUACUGGAACUGGCUUUCAGUUGUAUCGAACUGUACCUCUAGACUUUUAUCCUGUCUGUUAAAUAUAUGCGAUGUCAUUAAAUGCUUUUAAAACUAAA